UCCUUUGUAUUCAUAUACCUGUACAUUUUCCAAAGCACUCCCAUAAUUUUGCUCAUUAGAGCAUUCGUGGUGAAGACUAAGUGAGUGUUUUUACCUGUAUUCUGUGUUUAGGAAACUCAGAGUCCAAAUGUGUACACGUUUCUGGCCUUCGUGACUGAAUUAAACUUUCUGCCUCCUGGUCCAAUGAUCUUUCCACUUUAUACCACCAAAGAGACAUAAUUCCACCUGACCCAGGCCUUACCAACGUGAGGAACAGCUCUCCCCUCCCAGGAAGCUGUCUCAUAGCAAUGCCACUGUCCUUCCUGGUAACUUCUCAGAAGCUGGGUGUUGAAAGACAUAGUCAAAAGCUAAAGUUAGAAACAGUAUCAGGCUGUUAAGUAACCAGGGUCAACUUCCAGCUGUUACUGGAGCUUUCCGAAUUGUAACAAUGUGGCCACUUUGAUACAUGAGAAUCAAUUACUACAGAGAAACCUUGUCAAGAUGGCCAAAAUUCAGCCUUCAAUAAUUGAAUUCUCUGCCAAACGUUGUCCACUGUCGUUAUCUAGAAAUGUAAUUAUGCAGCUAAAUCAAGCAACUAAAAUUAGUGUAGUGUAAAAACACCUUGGCUAUCUAAAAGUGGAGGAAUUGACAUUUGGAUUUAGAAAAAGCCAAUAGUUGAAUAUGUUUUGCGGUGUCUGAAGCUCUCCCAGUUUCCACAAAAUCCAUAUCCUGUGUCCUGUUCAGGCUUGGAGGUGGAAUGUGACAAGCGCAUGUUUGGUUCGAAGGUGAUUUUCAAUGAUCCCUGGACCUUGAGCAUAAAUUGAGUCGACUCACUCCAUCAGUUUCACAUCCUUGCUCUCAAAAUUGUGGAACUCUAAACACACCCACACGUUUUCCCGGUUUGAAGAUUAGAAAAGUCACAAUUUGAAUGUUAUCUGUGCCUUCAAUCUGAAGCCAAAGAUGUGUCUAUACCAACCAUCAGUAGAAGAACAGGAAACUCACACUAAGAUUGGCUGAUAGCCUCUUGUAUUGUACACGUAGGAUGUGGUGCCAGGGACUUUCUUUGUCACACACCCUCUGAGCUAGGGUCUAUUAUUAUCUCUGUUUUCCAUAUGAAGAAACUGAGGUUCAGGGAUGAAGCAACUUGUGCAACAUCACACAUCUAGUAAGUGGAACACCCGAGUCACUAUAAUUCCAAUUCCUGUAAUCCCAUAGGAGUUUGUCUAUUACCAUGUAACGUAUCCCAGGAAAUCACUUGGGUAUUUUCAAAGAUCAGAACAAUUUCAAAUCCAUCAUGUGUCAAUUAGUGACAGGGCCACGUUUUGAGAAAUGCAUCGUUAGGCGAUUUCGUUGUGUGAACAUCAUAGAGUGUGCUUACACAAACCUGGAUGCUAGAGCCAGCUACACACCUAGGCUGCAUGGUCUAAUCUUAGGGGACCACCACCGUAUAUGCAGAAUGUUGUUAAGCGACACCUAACUGUAUUGGCUCAAAUGUAUUCCUCACCCGUAGUUUUGGUGCACGUUAGAUAUGCCUUUAAACUUUGGGAACAAGGAGCCAUCUCUUAUUGCUAUAUUCCAUAUUAAUAUAUGACAAUUGAAAGCACAAAGACAAAGAAUGUUUUGUAAAAUGUCAUGUGAAUUUCUAUUGCAGAACGAAAUGGUGUAAGGAGUACAGUGGCCUGGCUAGGAACUGUUCUUGUAGCCUGGCAUUGCUUCUUGCAAGAGUGUGACCAAGCAAACAGUUAACGGGUGUCAGCCUCCUUUUGCUUUUGUUACGUAGAACAGACAAUAGCACCUACUUCGGAGAGUUGUGAGAAGGAAAUUGCAUAACGUGUGUAAAUAAUUUAGCUCAUUCUCUGCGCAUAGCGCACACUGCAAAUGUUACCUGAUAGUGUUAUUAUAUAUAUACUAUAAUUAUUAUAUAUUAUUUGCACAAAUUGCCCUUUUAAAAUUAAAACCAGAGAAAGAGAGACUGACAAACUAGACUGUCUUAGUUUCUUUUCGAUCAGUACCAAAGGCUGCCCACAUUAACCUACUUAAGUUUUAAGUGGCAACUGAUAAUCGUAUCACUUUACGUUUCUCCAUUUUGUCUCUCUAAAAAUCCCACGCAGACUUUAUCCCUUGCCUUUUGCCCAAAUUCAUCAGGAAAAGCCCAAAUCUCACAGCCUGACCACCUCUCUCUCAGUCUCUUGGUCUCUCUCACUCUCUCUCAGAACUAAAUUAAUAAAGAGUAUUUGGUUAGUCGUGUUAGGCAAGCCGUUCCCAAAAUAGCACCUUCCAUUUUGGUAGCUUCGACUCUGCAGCUGCUGUGUCUGUUUGUCGUCUGGGAAGAAAACUUUCACAUUAAGAGUUGCUGAUGCGGAUUUUCUCUUUCCCCUCUCCGCGUUGAUGAGCGCUUGGCUCCUGACAGAAGCGGUUUGGCUCUCCGCUUGGUAGUUCCGAAGAACUUGGGUCUAUAGAUUUUCCCCUAACUCCAUUGAUGUGUUGAACUUCAGAGGGAAUAAUACCUUCACGUAAAGCAUGUUGCCUUCUCAAGGAGUCCUCCUGCAUCCCUAUGGCGUGCCUAUGAUUGUUCCAGCAGCCCCCUACUUCCCCGGACUGAUCCAGGGUAAUCAGGAAGCAGCAGCUGCCCCUGACACAAUGGCUCAGCCUUAUGCUUCGGCCCAGUUCGCUCCCCCUCAGAACGGCAUCCCCGCGGAAUACACGGCCCCUCAUCCCCACCCCGCGCCAGAAUACACGGGCCAGACCACCGUCCCCGAGCACACAUUAAACCUGUACCCUCCCGCCCAGUCGCACUCGGAGCAGAGCGCAGCGGACACGAGCGCGCAGACCGUCUCGGGCACAGCCACACAGACAGAUGACGCAGCGCCGACGGAUGGCCAGCCCCAGACACAACCUUCGGAAAACACGGAAAACAAGUCCCAGCCCAAGAGGCUGCAUGUCUCCAACAUCCCCUUCAGGUUCCGGGAUCCGGACCUCCGACAAAUGUUUGGCCAAUUUGGUAAAAUCUUAGAUGUUGAAAUUAUUUUUAAUGAGCGAGGCUCAAAGGGAUUUGGUUUCGUAACUUUCGAAAAUAGUGCCGAUGCGGACAGGGCGAGGGAGAAAUUACACGGCACCGUGGUAGAGGGCCGUAAAAUCGAGGUAAAUAAUGCCACAGCACGUGUAAUGACAAAUAAAAAGACUGUCAACCCUUAUACAAACGGCUGGAAAUUGAAUCCAGUUGUGGGUGCAGUCUACAGUCCUGAAUUCUAUGCAGGCACGGUGCUGCUGUGCCAGGCGAACCAGGAGGGAUCUUCCAUGUACACUGCCCCCAGUUCACUUGUAUAUACUUCCGCAAUGCCAGGCUUCCCGUAUCCAGCUGCCACCGCCGCGGCCGCCUACCGAGGGGCGCACCUGCGAGGCCGCGGCCGCACCGUGUACAACACCUUCCGGGCCGCGGCGCCGCCGCCCCCAAUCCCGGCCUACGGCGGAGUAGUGUAUCAAGAGCCUGUGUAUGGCAAUAAAUUGCUGCAGGGUGGUUAUGCUGCAUACCGCUACGCCCAGCCUACCCCUGCCACUGCUGCUGCCUACAGUGACAGUUACGGACGAGUUUAUGCUGCCGACCCCUACCACCACACACUUGCUCCAGCCCCCACCUACGGCGUUGGUGCCAUGAAUGCUUUUGCACCCUUGACUGAUGCCAAGACUAGGAGCCAUGCUGAUGAUGUGGGUCUCGUUCUUUCUUCAUUGCAGGCUAGUAUAUACCGAGGGGGAUACAACCGUUUUGCUCCAUACUAAAUGACAAAAACCAUAAAAACCUUCCAAUGUGGGGAGAAAGGAAGCUUUCCGAGGCCUGGGUAUUGCAAUACAUGCAGUAGUGCAUCAUUUUAGCAACUCUAAAAACUAAAAAGAGGAAAAAAAUUACAUUUUUUAUCUUAUACCUCAGAUAUUUUGUUCUGUGUAUUUUAAUAUUGUGGGUCUUUCAUUUCUGAAGGUUCCGUAGUUUGGUUGCUGGCUGUAGGAGUUUUUGUGGUUGAUCUAGAGAGAUGCUAGCUAUGAAUAAAAACUGGUCUAGGGCCAUCUCAGAGUGCUAUAUCAUGUAAAUGAAUUAUAUAUGCUGACUAUUAAGCUACUGGGGUUAUCAGCUGUUUGGGAAAGAGUGUAAGUGACUACAGUAGUCAUUUUUUUCUGCAUCUAUUAUUUUAUUUUAUGAAAGGGGAAGGGUGGGAGGGACUUAGGGGGUUGGGACUGGGGUUGGCCGAAAGAGAAAAAAAAAAUAGUAACUGAUGAAUCUAAACGACCCACUGCACCAACGAUCAUAUAUCAACGGUUCUAAGUUACUCAUUGUCAGUUCAAGCCAAAGGUUACGUUGUUAAGGGGGGUGCUUCUAGUGGCACUUCUGUAUCUGAGUUGAGUGAAGCUGUGCAAACCCACCCUUUAAACCAUUCCACCCGGCAGUAUUCAGCUUCUUAACCAGCCGCUAGUUAUUUAGGCAAAAACUGCUAGUUAGGCCAUCAACAAGCAUUCUUUUUAUAUUUCUUCCAGUAUAAUAAAUUAUUGAUAUCAUUGCUGACUUUUAUAUUAUGGGAGGGAAAAAAAUAACAUUAAUAAAAAGGUGAUUAAAAAGCACUGUUUCUAUUUUUUUCUUUUUUUCCAAAAAAAGAAAGUAAUAAAAACUUAAAUUCUUUGUACCAGUUAAAAAAAAUGUAUAAAAUUUACAUCUGUGCAGUGGAGUUGUUAAGUUCUAGAAACAGUCUAUGAAGCUUUAGUUUUAGCCUAUAGAAGAACUGUUAGAGACAGACGUAUAAUUUUUAUGGAAUUACACGAUAAUCAUAUUCGGAUUUAUAGAAGCAUUUUACAAGUAUUGCAAUCAUUGGGUAGAGAUAAUCAUGGUAUUUUCAUCAGCUUGGUACUUUUUGAAACAUGACUGUGUUGUGUGAGCAAUCUGCAAUUUUUCAGUCCGUGAGAGCCUGCCCUCCCAUUCUUCCUGGUGCCCCAGGAUUAUCUCAAACCGAGGUCUUUAAUUCUGUCUCCAAGGCCCAGGACACUUGUCAGAAGGAAGCAAAAACGUAGGUCCCCCCUCUUCAUCCCCGAAGAACAAAGUCUCCCCCGACCUCUGAAGCAGGGCCAGAGUGACACAGCCGAAAAAUUGCAGUUUGUCUCUACUUCUUCUGUUUGAACUCUUUCCAUGUUGUCCUGUUUACAAGUUAACCUAAGUUGGGGUAUCUGUCACGGGUCUUCCUGUUUUUGUAUUUAAAUUAACAAACAGCAGCAAGCUGUCCCCAGUAGUUUUGCUGCCAUAGUUAAAUCUUCAUGUGUACAGUGCAGGCCCCAUGGCACGCACUUUAGUAAGUAAUCAACUCACCGCUGUGAACCUGCCAAUCCGCUGUAACAACUCUGCUUUCAAACAAAACCAAACAAAACUUAAAAAAAAAAAAAAAGUGUUUGUGAUCCAGCUUUCUCUUGUCAUCUUAUGUGCAUGCAGUAAGAUCGGUUGGAUAUUAAACCAUCAAUAAAGUUUCACAAGAUUUGAAAACAAAGUUUCUGUAGCUUCGAUAUCUAAGACAGAUGAGCGCUAUAACUUGAAAAGAAGAGAAAGGGGGGAAACUGCUUAGCAGCCCAAAGCAUAAAAAAAAUGUCCUUUUCCCCAGACUUCUUUGGGUGGGGGAGGGGAGGGGGAUGGGGUGUUUCAUAGCAUCACUGAGUCAUUCUCAUUCCCCCACCUGGAAAACAAUGUUAGGACAGAGGGUGCCUGGUGGAUGGUUUUAAAGGAAGCAAUUGAUUCCAAUGCCGUGGCAUCCUACCCCGGAGGGGAGAAAGAGAGAAGGGACAGGGGGUUAGGGAGAAUAAAGAGAUUUCUCCCAAUUGCCUCAGAUUUCAAAAUCCAGAAUUUGCAUUGUAUUUGGAAUCACAAACAUGGAAUUCUUACUGUGUUGGUUAAAGUAAAAUUAAUUUGCGGUUUUGAUUUUCAUCGAUGAGCUGUACUUUCCCCCAUGAUUGUAUGUAGUUUUAAUAAAAUCAUUUAGGGUAAGUGGGUGCCGACUGAUGUUGCAGAAUCUUCUGUCUGGGCACUCCUCCAAGAUGCCAAUAAGUCAUUUUAAAAUGUAUGUCAGAGAUGUAAACAAACAUUUUGGAUUUUUUUAAACGGUAUUUAUUUGGAAUGUUUUCAUUUAUCUAAAUAACUAUUGCUAUUAUGAAUUAUGGAAAAAAAGAUUAAUAUCAUGUGUGGCAUAUAGUGACUUCUUAACACACACAUCACGCAAUCUGCAAACCCAGAAAAUGUGUAUAUCUGUCUUUAGAAAUUAGUGUUUAUAUCACUUACAGUGGUUUGUGAAUAAAGAAAACUGGUUUGUAAUAUCAAAAAAUAAAAGCUUAGUCUGAAAAGGUA